AUGUGGUAUGUGACUAAUGUAAAUCUAGGGCAUAAUCACGAUUUAAGCCCGGGCAAAGCGAGAUAUAUUAGAUGUCACAAGAAGUUGGAUCUUGCUACAAAGAGAAAGCUUGAUAUAGAUGAUAGAGCUGGAAUUCGAACAAAUAAGAUCUAUAACUCGCUAGCCGUUGAAGCUGGGGGAUACGAGAAUCUCACAUUUGGAGAGAAAGAAUGUCGCAAUUAUAUUGCGAACUCAAGACGUCUUCGCCUUGGCACAGGAGGUGCUACAGCACUUCGUGACUACUUCGAUAGAAUGCAAAAAGUGGAUAGUGAUUUCUACUUUGAAAUGGAUGUGGAUGAUGAGUUUAGGCUAAAAAAUGGCCGUGCGCCAAGGGCAAUUAUAACAGAUCAAGACAGAGCUAUGAAAAAUGCAAUUAAAAAGGUUUUUCCAUAUGCCCGACAUAGGUUUUGUUUAUGGCACAUACUAAAAAAACUUCCAGAAAAGUUUGGAUCAAAUUCACAGUACAAAGCCAUUAAGAGUGCCAUACGAAGUUGUGUGUAUAAUUCUCAAACAUGUGAUGAGUUUGAUGCUAAAUGGCAGAGUGUACUUGAGUGUUAUAAUCUGGAGGAGAAUGCAUGGCUGCAAGAUUUAUACAGUGAACGGAGUUUCUGGGUACCAGCAUAUUUGAAUAGUAUAUUUUGGGCUGGCAUGACUACCACGUAG